ACGAUUGAAUUGUUUUAAAAUCCGAGCCAAGAACGGUAGAAGACGACGACCGACUUCAAUUCUGCACCAUGUCUCGAAAGCCUUGCCUUUUCUCUGUAUUCUUCUUCUUCUUCUUCUUCCUCGGGGCCUCUGAGCUGACGAGGCCAGCCAAGAAGAACGAGACGGAGUUCGAGUUCAUCCGUUCGCGUUGCAACGCCACGCGGUACCCCAGCCUCUGCUACGCCUCGCUCUCGGGCUACUCUAGCACCGUCCAGCAGAACCCAGCCCAGCUCGCCCGCCUCUCCGCCAACGUCACCCUCUCCCGCAUCGCCGUCCUUAUGGUCCGCGUCGCCUCCCUCAGCCGGGCCUGCCGCCCUCGCAACGCAUCCGCGGCCGCCUGUCCCGAGGCCGCGGCACUGAGGGACUGCGCGGAAACCCUUGGAUACGCGUCCGACCUGACGAGGAAGACUGAAGGCGAGCUUAGCGGGCUGGUGGAGGGGCCGGCGGCGAGGCCGGCGGAUGCGUCUUGGCGGGUGUCGAACGCCCAGACAUGGUUGAGCGCCGUGCUCACCGACGAGGAGACGUGCGCCGAUGGAUUCGAGGAGGUGGCGUCCGGGAGCCUCGCAAAGGCUGACGUGAGCUGGCGGCUAUGGCGCCUGAAGCAGUACACCAUCAACGCACUUGCCUUGGUCAACAACCUCGCCGGCACUCUGUGAUUUAUGCAUCUAUCUCUCUCUCUGUUCUUGUAUGCACGUACUUGGUGAUUAGUUAAUUAAUUACCAAUUACUGAUAAACUAACUAGUCAUGUUGGAGUUUAUUAGAGAGUCCUUUAAUUUAUUGCUUCUAUGAGUAUUGUGGUACUUUUAAAAUUAUAUAUAGAAGCCAACAAAAAAAAAAGUUAUAAAGAUAGUUGUCAUUGUAUAUAUUAACUAAUUAAUUCUAAUACAAACUCUGUUUAUAGUUGA